ACUAAUACUUUCCAUCCAUUGCUAGCUUUUGGAUUCUGUGAGUACAAGGAGCCAGAAUCUACUCUCCGUGCACUCAGAUUAUUACAUGACCUGCAAAUUGGAGAGAAAAAGCUACUAGUUAAAGUUGAUGCAAAGACCAAGGCACAGCUGGAUGAAUGGAAAGCAAAGAAGAAAGCUUCUAAUGGGAAUGCAAGGCCAGAAACUGUCACUAACGACGAUGAAGAAGCCUUGGAUGAAGAAACAAAGAGGAGAGAUCAGAUGAUUAAAGGGGCCAUUGAAGUUUUAAUACGUGAAUAUUCCAGUGAGCUAAACGCCCCCUCACAGGAAUCUGAUUCUCACCCCAGGAAGAAGAAGAAGGAAAAGAAGGAGGACAUUUUCCGCAGAUUUCCAGUUGCUCCACUGAUCCCUUAUCCACUCAUCACUAAGGAGGAUAUAAAUGCUAUAGAAAUGGAAGAAGACAAAAGAGACCUGAUAUCUCGAGAGAUCAGCAAAUUCAGAGACACACAUAAGAAACUGGAAGAAGAGAAAGGCAAAAAGGAAAAAGAAAGACAGGAAAUUGAGAAAGAACGGAGAGAAAGAGAGAGGGAGCGUGAAAGGGAACGAGAAAGGCGAGAACGGGAACGAGAAAGGGAAAGAGAACGUGAACGAGAAAAGGAGAAGGAACGGGAGCGGGAACGAGAACGGGAUAGGGACCGUGACCGGACAAAAGAGAGAGACCGAGAUCGGGAUCGAGAGAGAGAUCGUGACCGGGAUCGAGAAAGGAGCUCAGACCGUAAUAAGGAUCGAAGUCGUUCAAGAGAAAAAAGUAGAGAUCGUGAAAGGGAACGAGAGCGGGAAAGAGAGAGAGAGAGAGAACGAGAGCGAGAACGAGAACGGGAGCGAGAGAGAGAGCGAGAGAGGGAACGGGAGCGAGAAAGAGAAAAAGACAAAAAACGGGACCGAGAAGAAGAUGAAGAAGAUGCAUAUGAACGACGAAAACUUGAAAGAAAACUCCGAGAGAAAGAAGCUGCUUAUCAAGAGCGCCUUAAGAAUUGGGAAAUUAGAGAACGAAAGAAAACCCGGGAAUAUGAGAAAGAAGCUGAAAGAGAAGAAGAAAGAAGAAGAGAAAUGGCCAAAGAAGCAAAACGACUAAAAGAAUUCUUAGAAGACUAUGAUGAUGAUAGAGAUGACCCCAAAUAUUACAGGAUGGAACAAGAGGCUGAGAGGCGCAGGCAGCCACAAAUAAAGCAAGAGCCAGAAUCAGAAGAGGAAGAAGAAGAAAAGCAAGAAAAAGAAGAAAAACGAGAAGAACCCAUGGAAGAGGAAGAAGAACCAGAGCAAAAGCCUUGUCUCAAACCUACUCUGAGGCCCAUCAGCUCUGCUCCGUCCGUUUCCUCUGCCAGUGGCAAUGCAACACCCAACACUCCUGGGGAUGAGUCUCCCUGUGGUAUUAUUAUUCCUCAUGAAAAUUCACCAGAUCAACAGCAACCUGAGGAGCAUAGGCCAAAAAUAGGAUUAAGUCUUAAACUGGGUGCUUCCAAUAGUCCUGGUCAGCCUAAUUCUGUGAAGAGAAAGAAACUACCUGUAGAUAGUGUCUUUAACAAAUUUGAGGAUGAAGACAGUGAUGACGUACCCCGAAAAAGGAAACUGGUCCCCUUGGAUUAUGGUGAAGAUGAUAAAAAUGCAGCCAAAGGCACCGUAAACACUGAAGAAAAGCGUAAACACAUUAAGAGUCUCAUUGAGAAAAUCCCUACAGCCAAACCUGAGCUCUUUGCUUAUCCACUGGAUUGGUCUAUUGUGGAUUCUGUGAGUAGGAAAUUAUAUUUCAUCAUGUUAUUGGGAGCAGUUGGAAUAUGCCAUAAAAAUUCAUUAGAAGAAAGAAAAUCUCGUUUGAUUCUAUUAAUAACAAAUAAGUAGGGAUGAUCAUCUUUAUACCAACUCAAUG